AUGCCUUCCAUUACCUCACUGAAAAGACGGUUCACAGCCACGGACUCGUCAGGCGAACGACCUCCUACGCCACCUCCACUGUACACAUCCGACGACGAAGGAACACGUUGCGGAAAGAAAGGCCAACGCCACCCAUCUCCACUGGACAAGAGUCCAGCGGCCUUCGACAUCAAGUUCGACUCGGUCCCUGAUCUCUCGUUGACCACCACGGUCACAUCUGGCAGCAGCGAAGCCCCGUCCACCAAGCCUAAACAAGGGCUUUCCAAAAAGCAAGCCGCCAGGAACUACUUGUUGGACUUCUGCUAUUUUCCCAAUGACUACGACCAAAGGCUCACCAAAUAUCCCGACACUCACCUCAAAAGACAAGAGGCUGUUAAGACCCGAAUAUGCUAUUCGUCCAUGUGCUCCAUCAUCAGCGGGACAGCCUUUGCAGUGCCUUCGCAUGGCGCCUCGGCCGCCAUUUGCCUAUGGGCAGCCCGUCGCUGGUAUGUUGCUGCGAAGAAGCUGAAAUUCAUCAAGCUGGAACUCGUGAACCGAGGAGUUGAGCUGCGGCCUUUUCUCCAUCGAGACUGGAUCAUCCCAGCAUCCGUAGCUAUCACAUGUCUUGCCGUCGGUCUUGGUGUCGACUUCGGGCUUUCCGGGGCAGUCCCUCUAGGACAUCCCGAGCACACGCUGGGUGGAGGAGGCCAGAUUCAACCAGAUUCAGGAACGGCUACUCAAGGUCUCCUGCAUGCUGGCAACGUACCAGUAACUCACACCUCAGACCCUGCUUUGCAUAACAGUGCAGCAACCCAUAUUCACCAAGCCCUCGAUCCUCAAUCUGGAUCUAGCGGUACUCAUCAAUGGCAUGAAAGCAUCCAUGAGAAAAUGCAGACUGUCACUCAGAACUGGGGCUCAGGAUUCAAGGAUCAAGUCCAAGCUCUCUUUGGACCGAAUCAUCAUGCCAUAGCAUCAGGUGCUACCGCCGACCAGACCUUCGCAGGAGCUGCUGCAUGGAUAGCAGGGGCACAGUCUGCCCAACUCGUCGAGAAAGAGAUCUUGGCCUUGCUCAGCAUGCAAACGGUCCAGCAAGUAUGCGAGCGUCUCGAUUACGAGAGUAUCCUACCCAGAUACAACUACAACAUCACUUGUGAUAUUCUGCCAUGGGCGACCGGCAUCAUCUGCUCACAAUGCGAGACGAACAUCUCAAGCGGGAAAUUCUACCAUUGCUGCCAUUGCGCGGGCAGCGCCGACGCACAAGUUGAGGACGAGUUCAACCUGUGUCUGAAAUGCUACAAAGACUCUCCGACAUGCAAGAGUCCAGAUCAUACUUUGGAGACCCGGCAAACCGCGCUGCCAGGCCGCUACUGCCUACCAUCAGGCAAGACCAAGCUCAUGAAAGACAUCGCCGGUCCGGCGAAGCUGAGUUGCACUGCUUGCUCCACCAGAAUCACCCGAGGCUGGCAUUACGACUGCCUCGAAUGUCGCACAUCCAAGAAGAAAUGCACUCUCUGCCUCCGAUGUUACGAGUCGGGAACCACAUGCCCCGGCGACGAGUCGCACAACUUCCACGCCUUCCCUCGAGCCAAAUUCGCGUCGUACAGCCAGGAGACUCCGUAUCAGAAACGAAGAGGUCGAGCGCCGACGGGCGAAGCUAGUUGCUCCGAAUGUCACGCCCGGAUUGACAAGGGCGCUUUCUAUCGUAUGUCCCGGGCGUGCUUCACAGACACACCCACGCCCACGUACAACCCGUUGUAA